UUGACAAGGAACUGAAGGGGAAGGUGACUUCUUAGCUAGCGGAGCGGCGUCUCUGACUGAGUUUAACAUUAAACCCUCAUAAAGAGGGGUUUUGUUUAAAAAAGGUCACAAUGUCGUCUUUUGGACGGGCGCUGGGAAUAAUUAGGACCGGGGGUCUGCUGUUCCGGCGCGGGCCACGAAGAAUAACAAGUCGAAAUGGCAGCGGAGGGCCGCACAUCGAGCCUCAGUACAGACAGUUCCCCCAGCUGACCAAGAAGCAGAAGUUCGACGCGGAGCUGCUCGGCGGUGCCAUGUGGUUCUGGAUCCUGUGGCACUGCUGGCACGACUCGGACGCCGUGCUGGGUCACUUCCCCUGGCCCGACGCUUCCCAGUGGACAGACGAGGAACUCGGCAUCCCUCCAGACGACGAGGAAUGAGACCUCCAGGAGUCGAUGCUGCUGAACCAGGAUGCUCGGAAAGUCGCUGUACAUAGACAAAUAAAAUUAUCUCCAAAGCCUGAAAGGUCUCUUCUUUGCAAAACAUGUGAGCGGGGCGAAUCAAAAUAAGCUCAAAAGACAUGUUUUAUUUCAUA